AGAGUAUUAGACUAUUUUCCUCACAAGCAAGCAAUGGCUGUGGAUGUAGCAAUGCAGCUAUAUCUUUGCUCUUCACCCUUGCGAAGAGACAAGUGUGCCUGCAAAAUUGCUCCAAAGCCAAGCAAGCCACUGCGGCCCUGCAUCCAGCUGAGCAGCAAAACUGCACUGACCGGACCAGAAGAGGCAGCAAACUCCUUCACACACAACAAAGUGAAGAAGAGGGUGUCGUUUGCAGAUAGCAGAGGCUUUGCUCUGACGAUGGUGAAGGUGUUCUCAGAGUUUGACGAUCCACUAGAUAUUCCUUUCAACAUUACCGAGCUGAUAGACAAUAUUGUGAGUCUGACAACAGUGGAGAGGGACAGCUUUGUCCUAGAUUUUGUUCAGCCUUCUGUGGACUACCUGGACUUCAGAAAUCGCCUCCAGGUGGACUGUGUCUGCCUUGAAAACUGUAUGCUAAAGGAGCGAUCCAUUGUGGGAACAGUGAAGGUGAGGAACCUUGCUUUUGAAAAGACUGUGAAGAUCAGGAUGACAUUUGACACCUGGAAAACCUUUGUAGAUUACCCAUGCCAGUAUGUCAAGGAUACGUAUGGAGGGUCAGAUCGGGACACAUUUUCCUUUGACAUCAGCUUGCCUGAGGGAAUUCAGUCCCAUGAAAGAGUAGAGUUUGCCAUCUCCUUUGAGUGUAAUGGAAAGGUGUACUGGGACAGCAACAGGGGCACAAAUUACAGGAUCAUACGGUCGGAACUGAAGUCUGCCCAGGAAGCUGCCUGCCCCCCCCAGGGCCCUGACUUCGGCAGUGCCUUUGACCAGUUUGGGAGCCCUCGGUGCUCCUACGGCCUCUUUCCUGAGUGGCCCAGCUAUUCAGGCUAUGAGAAGCUAGGGCCUUACUAUUGACCCAAGGACAAAGUCCUGACUGACUAACUGUUGCUGGUGUGUCCACAGGCCUGGGAGCUGGUCUCAAUGCGAGGUGUACGGAAAGGUGGAAGAUGUAUGGCUUCAGGCAGCUCUGCAAA